AUGAAUGACGCGCAGGGAGACCUGUCCCCAGACUUCGUCCUGAUGCGGCUCGUGUCUGCGGCCGAGUACGACCGGCUGGACGAACCGGACGACCUGAUGUCAGGAGGCGGCGGCUUCGGGCCCGUCAAGUCCGUGCUGGGGCACCAUGGCGGCGGCUUUGAUCUGGACGCAAGCGGCCCCCCGCCGGGCCUCGGCUCGGCCUCCCCGCACUACAGCUCGCCGCUUCCCGGGAAAGGAGAGCUGGAAGGCGGACUGAUGCUGACGCAGGCCCCGCCGGGCUCCGACGCUGCGCUGUCCCCCCCGCCACCCGAGGACUUUGCCGUAGCGGCCCAGAGGUUUGUGGACUACCCGGUGCAGCACGGUUCGGGGGGGCACGGGUCGAGGGCGCAGCUUAUGGUGUUUCAGAACCUGCUGCGGUCCGGAGACCGGAUCCUGGAGUGCGGGCUGGAGCAGCCGCCCCCAGGGUUCCUUCAGGAAGAGAGACAGCAGCUAGAUUCUGGAUCUGGUCCUGGUAGCACAACAACUGGUCCUGGGCCUGGAGGUGGGAGGGACCAGAACUCUCACUGCACCCCUUCUGCAGAGGAAAACCUGCAGCCACAGCUCCUUCAGUGGCACCCUGUUCUCAGACUGUCCAAAGGGUCUGAUGGCUCACAGAACCCCCAGCAGGGCAUCCCCACACUGGACCCUGAGCCCGGGUCGGUUCUGUGUCACCGACACCGCCUGCUGACAGACCGACUGGCCAAGUGGCCCCCAGGCCUGCUGGACCAAGCCCUGCGUCUGGGCCUGCUGGAGCCCAGGAAGACCUGCUCCUCUGGGGGGGAGGACCCAGUUCUGGCUCUGGCCCGGAGGCUCGGCCAGCUGGGUGAAGGGAGGGAGGGAGGGGGAGAGGGAGGAGUGGGAUGCUCCUGUCACAGUGUGCUGACCUCGGGGACGGGGGGCGAGGACCCAAGCGAGACUAGCGACGCCCUGUUGGUACUGGAGGGUUUAGGAUCUGAAGAAGUGGGUGGACUGGAGGAGGGAGGGGACAGGGACACGGGGGACAUGGGGGACACUGAGAAAGGUGAUCGGAUGGGGGGUGGAGGGGGGACGUCUGGGGGGGCCGGGCCUGUGUUCUCCAGUGGGACUCUGAGUGGACUCAUGCAGCAGGUCCACAGGUUGGCGGAGGAGGCGGGGGUCUGCACUGAUCAGUCCUGCAGGUCCUCUCUGGCGGUCCUGGGCGCUGCAGUGUCCCUGACCCCUUGUGUAGACCCCCGGCCCUCCAUCAGCACCACCACCCCACCCUGUCCAUACCCACCUGUCCGCUCACAGCCCCCCCAGGCUGCAGCAGGUUUCAACAAUCUCCAGGUGUCCCCUGACUCACUCCUAUCCUCCACCCCUACCCCGAGCCCCAGACCCCCUUGCCAGCACCAAUCCCGCUCCCAGCCCCAGAGCCGCGCCACUACCCCCAAACUAGGCGUGGCCACAGGGGGCAUGGGGCGCUGCGCCUCCCCCCUGGUGGUCCUGGAGGGGGAGAUUGGGGGAGGAGCAGGUAGGGAGGGGGAGAAGACACCAGGGGGGAAAUCCAGGAAAGGAGGGUCCCUAAAGGUCCGGCUUAGUAAGCUGUUUAGGACCAAGAGCUCCAGCGGAGGGUCAGGGGGGCUGCUGGACAAGAGGCCAUCCCUGGCGUCAUCUACGUCGUCAGGGGGAAGUCUGCUGGACGUGUGGGGGUCAACCUGCAGCACAGCGGAGCAGGACGGGAGCAGGUAUGAAUGAGUGAUUAUUUUAUGAAGUGAUAAGACAACAGGAACACCUUCACAGACCAAUCAGGUGUCCAAAUCAGACUCUUUAUGGACAGUCGAAUUCAGAGAGUCAGAGUCAGAGCAGAGACCACAUAUGAAAUGUUCAAAAUGAGAAUUGUUAUUGUUUUAUGAAAAAUCUAAUGUCAGCAGCAUGUUUCUAAAAAGUAGCCACAGGGUCAUGUCCAUCACUGUGUGCCAUCAUUUCUUUCCCCAACCCAGGAGACCAGUUUCUGGAGUUUGGAAAGUGAAAUGUUGUCUCAUUCAUGCCUCAUACAGGAUUUCAGCUGCUCAACAGCUCAGAGUUUUCUUUGUUCUAUUUUUUUUGUGUCAUGAUGCUCCAAAUGUUUUCAAAGGGGUCACAAGUCAGGACUGCAGACGGACCAGUUUAGCAGCAGGACUCUUCUACUACAGAGCCAUACUGUUGUAAUACGCACGGAGUGUGGUUUGUCAUUUAGUAUGUUUACAUGACACUUGAGAAAACCAAAUUAUUGCCCUACUCCAAUUAAGACCGGAACUGAAGUGCAAGUAAACACCUUCGUCCGACUAUAAUCUGAGUUUGAGAAUCUCAUGUUAAAGGUCCUUACACACCAGGGCCGACACAAAUAUAGACACAAAUAUAGAACGCGAAAUAUUCAGAGGCAAAUUUUGACUUUUCUGGGGGAAAGUCCGGCCUCCUUGGAAAAGCUGGAAACGUCAUCACACGCUCAAGCCAAAUGGUCAGCACUUAUAGCCAAUCAGAGGCGAAGGAGGGCAGCACCUUCCCUUAACAACCAGCGUCCCGGGUGGAAGCGAGAGGACAAAAAAUGGAGUCUACUUCAACUUCAAGUGAUGGCAAAUUGGAACUCUUUUUGCUUUCUCAAAAGAAAUGUAGCACAUAGGUGCAUCCCAUAUUACAAAAAAGAAGAGAACUUGGUGAGUUUCACUGCUUGGUUCAGGAGCUGAAACUGUACCACGGUCGCUGAUUGUUUUCAGUUCUGAUUAGACACUAGUGUUGAGAUGGCUGUCUGUCAUGAUAGCAAAUACUGAGUCGGGGCCAGUACCAGAUAAGCACAUUAAACUAUGGUAACAAACGUUAGCUUACGUUAGCACGGAUGAAAGUUAAAACAAAGACGUUCAGCAAACUGUUAAAGCACACAAAACAUCGUCAUAUGAGAAAUCCGACGCUAUGACUCUCCACUAAUUGUCCUUCAGGUCGUUAUCUUUGUAAUGUUUGUGUUUUAUCAAAAAGCACUCUGUUCUCCGAUACGUAAACAAUCAGCCAGUCGGCCUUGUUGGAUAUACUGAUAAAUCUGACGUCGCAACGACACGCAAUCUGAUUGGUCAGGAGUGGACACACAGUAUGCAAAACUUUUGAAAAAUCGACCAUGAUCUGAAAAAAAUAAAUGCCGCAAUAUCGCAGGACGGGAAAACGUCGCUGAUGUUAACGCUUGUAUUGACAGGAUACGGGUUUGAAAAAAAUAUUGACAUCCGAAAUAAUCACACGACAAAAACGGUCCCGGUGUGAAAGGACCUUAAGACACCCAGAUAAUGCAAUUGGAAUUCGAUUUUCUCUACCAUGUAACCAGCACAGUCAGAGUAUUAAAGGACAAUGCAUGUGCUUGGUGCCACUCCCAUAGUCUGUAUAUACUAUUGAUAACUUGGUUCCGCCUCCCGUCAGUACACAGAUUUGAAGCCAAAAAGCUCUCUGUAUUUCCGAGAUUUUUUCUUCAUUUCCUGAAACCAACACUGCGCAGUAGCAUUGUGCGCAACCGGUGGGAGAGUUGCUGAGAGUCGCUGUGAUGACGCUCGGCUCAAACAACAUAGCUGUCAAUCAAAGAAAGCAUGAACCCCCUAAUAACUUUUAAAAAUGGAGCUGCACAAAAAAAAGAGGACUUGAGCACAGACCAGUCUGACAGUAACUCAACACCACAAGCAGGGGGGAGAAAAAUGUAUAUUCAGUGUAAUUAAUUUAUUAAGUUUGCCCACAGCCCCAUAAGCUUUAUACGUGGACAAGGAGAGAAGUCCAGUUUGGAAAAAAAAAAACGAAUUAUGAGCUUAGUCCGAUUAAGCAGUGCAUGUAAACGCACUGAGUGUCUUGCUGGAAUAUGAAGGUCUUCCCUGAAAAAGUCGUCAUCCGGAUGGCAGCAGAUGUUGCUCUUAAACCUGUAUGUAUUAUUCAGCAUUAAUUCAACCUUUAAAGAUGUGGAAGCUACUCAUGUCAUGGAUAUUUCUUAUCCCCAUACCAUGCUGGCUUUGAGCUAUGAACCGAUAACAAGAGAGGUGGUUUCUGUCCUAUGUGGUGUUGAAAAGUAUUUAAGUGGUAAUCCUCUACCUGUGUCAACAUUUUACACCAGUAAGGUUUCUCUUUGACUGACUGCUUCCUCACCUUACACCUGGUGGGUGUGAGGACUCAUGUUUUAUUUUCUGUAGUCCAGAGCUCCCAGAAGGAAGUCAAAUCUCAGCGAUUAUGGGACUCUCUUUGAAAAGUCUUUGAGUUGAUUCGGUUUUCUCAGUUGAAUAGUUUUUGAAGCGAUAAGCAGAGGUCCUCCUCUCCAAACAAGUCGACUCUGGAAGUAAACACACUUAAAUCACAGCUUCAGACUGAACGUUUGUGUCUCUUUAACACUUUUCAGACUGGGAGCAGAGCUGAUCUUAAACAUUCUACAAAGUUAUAUCUUUAAAGAUUACUAUUAUACAUGAGAGUGAGUCAGAAUGGGGGAUUACUUGGACCAGCACCAUAAAUUGAUCCGUCAAAAAGCUAUUGCACAGGGCCCCUGCUCUACCAACUGAGCUAAACUCUUGUCCUCUGUAGGGAGUGUGUAAUGAAAAUCUGUGUCUGUCUCUGUCUUUUCCCAUUCGGUCCCAGCAGAUGUCUGUCCUGGAUUUUUAUACUGCCUCAUAUAUUUCGAGUUUAGGCUGUAAAUUUAGUUGGCAAGUUUUCCGGACUAUUAUUUUUCAAUUUGAAAUCUUCCCACAUCUUUGAAAAGCAUCUUAAUACUUCUCAUUAUAUUCAUUUACUGAUGCUGUGCAGCUCUUGCCCCUUUUUGUCACUUAUUGAAAACAUUUGGAGCAUCAUGACACAAAAAAAUUGCACAAGGGAGACGCUGAAGUGUUGAGCAGCUUGAAUUCUAUAUCGGGCAAAAAUGAGACAACAUUUCACUUUCCAAACUCCAGAAUCUGGUCUCCUGGGUUCACUAACAUUUACAGAGUGUUGGAAAAAGAAGAGCUGAUGACACACAAGAAGAAACACGACCCUGUAGCUACUUUAUACAAUCAUGAUGUUGUAAUUGAAUUAAAUAUGAGCGGGUUUUUUUUAUUGCACAAUAACAUUUUCAUUUGACAUGUAAUCUUUAUUACUGUAGGAGAUAUUAGGGGUAAACAGAGAAAAUUUUAAGUAAAUUAAAACUCUCAAAGAGAACUCUUAUUGAGUUGAUAGAUGUUUUUUUUUAAAGUUAUAUUUCUGGGCCUUUUUGCCUUUUAUUGGAUAGGACAGCUGAAGAGGGACCGGAAAUGUGGGGAGGAGAAAAAGAGACAACAAAGGGUCAAGAUUCUGUUUCUGUAAUUUCUGAACACUUAUUGAUUGUAACGGAUCGUCACGUGUCACAUCCGCUGAAUUGAAGAAUCGACAUUUUGGCCCACUCCUACAAACAAGAAGAUGGUUUCGGGUUUUUUUCCACUCACUCCACUCCGUCCCCACAUACCUUUAUCGCGGUCUUUACCAUCACAGGUGCAGCAUGAUUCAGUGGGAAACACUGAGGUUAGAUCUGCCCCCUAAGGUCUUCUCAUGACACUCAGAUAGGUAGAGACUCUGAAGCUGCAGCUGAUGAUGAUGAUUAGGCCUGAACGAUAUAUCGUUUGACUAUCGUCAUCGCGAUGUACGUGUGUGCGAUAGUCACAUCGCAGAGCCUGCGAUAUUGGAGGUGAAUGAACUCAUUUAAUUUCAAGGGUAACCGACUGAGAUACACUCCAUGUGACUCUGCGUGUGCUGUGCAGCGAUCCACCAAUCGCCUUUGUCCUUAACUCAGUUGCCAAUCAGACUCACUUCUCAGUUGCCAAUCAGACUACCCUGCCAGCUGUCAAUCAAAAUCAGGGAGGAGAAAACCCACCCCUGCACAUGUUCUGCACAUGGAGGGAGACGUGUGUCCGCUGAGAAUUACUUUCGGAACUUUACUCAUGACUAUUAAGCCCAACAAAUAAGAACUGUAUGGGUUUUAAAUUGUACAUUUCCGUGGACCACUCUACUAUAAGCAGUGCGCGUUUUGCGAGGUGCAUGCAAUUCUCGGAGGACAUGCGUUUCUCGGCACAACACCGCUAACAACAACAACGAUCGCAAAAUGAACAACGAACAAGCGAAAACCACCGAAAAUGAAGAUUUGUUGCCAAAAAGAAAAGGAAAGUCAGUUAUCUGGAAUUAUUUCGGUUAAAAGAAGGAUGAUGUCGACCAAAACACGUCUUCUGUGUUCACCUGUUGCCACAAUAACGUCCCAGCACAAUAAAAGCUAAAAAUAUCUCUGAGACAGACAGAAGCCGUUCUACUAACAUUCACAAAAAGAGGUAAGAUCAGAGCAGAUUAACUGUCCUCAAGAUUUCAGCAGUGCAGCAUAACAUUAAGUGCUAUUCAGGUCAUCUGGUGAAAAUACUGUAUUUUUAAUAUCGCAAUAUAUAUCGCAGGGUUGAAAAAAAUCGCAAUAUUAUUUUUUUCCAAUAUCGUGCAGCCUUAAUGAUGAUAUUGAGUGUGAUGAUGAUGAUGAUGAUGAUGGUUGGUCUGUCUCCAUCAGGCUGCAGGUCAGGCCUCACAGUGCCUUCUCUCCGGUGCCGUUCACUCCUGCUUUCACCGGUAAGAACAGCAGUACACACCUGAACACCUGAGGAGCCUCCACACGUCCUCCUUCUGAUCUCCUUCCUAACACUAACAUUUCACUUUUUCACCUAUCUGCUUUAACACCUGUGUGUGUCUGUGUGUGUGUGUGUGUAUGUCCAGGUGAGACGGUGUCUUUGGUUGAUGUGGAUAUUUCUCGAAGGGGGAUGAACUCUCUUCAUCCCCCGACGCCUCCUCCUCCACCCAGACGGAGUCUCAGUCUGCUCGGUACUUUUCUUCCUCUUCUUCUUCUCCUGUCUGUUGCCACCCUUGUUUCCUCUUCAGGUGUGUCUCAGGUGUGAUCAUUCUCUCUCUCUCUCUCUCUUACUCUCUCUUCUGCAGAUGAUUUCGGGGGUCCUCCUCAGCAGCAGGGUCCGUUUGGCGAGCGUAGUGUGGGGGCGUCCAUGCAGUCUCUGCCCCCACGGCCAAUGGCUCUGCCCCCCACCCUCAGCACCAUCCAACACAGCCUGAGCCUCAAUGGUGAGCCACACACACACACUAGUUAGCAUGCAGUAGAGGUGUGUCAGAGGAAGAUAUUUGAUCAUGAAGGGUGAGAAGGUAGUUCUGUAGUUCCGUCUUCAUAUAUCAUAGAACUAUAAUAUAAGGAAAGUUGUAUCUGGCUUCACAGAAAAAUCAUACAACGACCUGAAUUUCAAACUUGCAGCAGUCUGUAGCGGUUGGGAGCGAUUCAGAACAGGACUACAAUUGUUGCUUAGUUACUUGUUAAGGCCACUUAAAACUGGACCUGAAAUAAGCUUGCGUUAAAGUUUGAUUUGUUUAGAUUAAAUGAAGGUGUCUCAGAGUGAAAACUGGUGUAUUUUUGAGGCUUCAAACUCACAUUAUUCUGGGGAAUAACAGGAGCAGGUGUGGAUGGAGGCGGGGCUUCAGAGUGCUCACACUGAUGUUUGUCUCUUGUCUGUGUUUAUCAGACACUUUCCUCAGAGGUUUACCCAGACCCAUCCCUCUGCGCCCUGACGGACAGCACCCUCCGCCAAGACUCGCCCCCCGCUGCCCCCUCAGCCGACCAGACACGGGCAGCUUCGCCACCAGCCUCAGAGAGCUGGAGAAGGUGGGCGGGGCCAAAGUCUGGGGCUGUCAAGUAUUUAUUUAGUCAUUGAUGGGCUUAAAUCUUCGGUUUGUAGCUAACCUGUGUAUGUGUGUGUGUGUGUCACAGUGCGGAUGGUACUGGGGCCCGAUGAACUGGGAGGACGCAGAGAUGAAGUUGAAGGGGAAACCCGACGGGUCGUUUUUGGUUCGGGACAGUUCAGACCCACGGUACAUCCUGAGUCUGAGCUUCAGGUCACAAGGAGUCACACACCACACACGCAUGGAGCACUACAGAGGUAACACACACACACACACACACACACACACAAAUUGGUUAAAUCCUGAUUCAGUGUAGGUGUGAUCAGAUGCCUUCACAGAUGUUUAAGCCACUCAUGCCGUGGACACUUAUGAUACCCGUACUGUCAGGGAUGCUGGUUUUGAACUGUAAGUUGAUAACAACCCAAGUGGUCCCUCUGCGCUUUAGAGAGGAGGGUGUAGCUUCCAUGACUUCCAAAAUGAAUGUCAGACUGUGAAUUGUCAGACCAAAACCACUAGUUUUCUCAAAUUUAGCUUAAAUUAUUCUAGAAAGGCUGCAGACUCUUGAGAACACCCGGAGAUACUGGAACAGAUUCUCUAAAUCUGUUGAUGAUAUUAUGUUCUGUAGAUGAUGAAAUCUGCUAAUUAUUUGAUGUUAUACACUCAGGAAGAUGACUCUGAAAUUGUUGAAUUAUUAGCUCACACAGUCUCUCACAGAGUGAUGAACCUCUUCCCAUCUUUUAUACCCAGUCAUGUUACUGGCUUGUUGUAAAUUAACCUCAUUACCUGGGAGAUGCUCCCACUGCUGAUUUUAGGCUGGUAAAAACUUUCUUACAGAAACAUUUUUAAGACAUUAAUUUGUGUCAAAGCCUUUAAUAAGUAUCCAAACUGCUUUUGAAGAAACCUGUGAAAUCUCCCUCCGCCUCCCCCUUCUGCAGGAACGUUCAGUCUGUGGUGUCACCCAAAGUUUGAGGAUCGAUGUCACUCUGUGGUCGAGUUCAUAGAGCGAGCCAUCAUGCACUCCAAGAACGGAAAGUUCCUCUACUUCCUGCGCUCUAGAGUCCCAGGUAACCUCCAGCCUCAUCUGUCAGUCUGCAUCUGUCUCUGUCUCCACUAGAGCAUGACACGGGAGCGGAUUUUCACUCCUGUCCCGUCCCACUCCCAGAGAGAAAAUCCCGUCCCGUCCCAAUCCCAGACCGGAGUAAGAAAAAUUAAUCCUGUCCUGUCCCACUCCCAUCCCACUCCCACUCAAAAUUACUCCCACUCCUGUCCUGCUCCCGUUUGAAUAAAACCAAACAUGUUGAAAAAACGUUGCAUUUCUUAGCAAAAAGUGGCAGCCGAGUCGGAGCGGCUGCGGGUGACACACAUAAUAUGUGUGUAAUAUGUGUGUCGCUGGCAGCCGCUCUGAGUCGGUGACAGGAAGUCAAACCACUGUUGUAGUUCUUUUGUCUUUCUAGUGCAGUCAAGAGUGUUGGCUCUCACUGAGAGAUGACUACAAAAAUAGACGCAUCUGUUCAUCUGGUUGUUUAACACGGCUGAAAAUGAUCAUCUUUUAAUGUUGUUCCUGCUCCUGCCCGCUCCCGUUGCUUUUUUUCCCGUCCCGAUCACGGGAUUAAUUAAAAAAUGACUCCCAUCACGUGACCUACAGAAAUUCCCGAAAAAUGUCAUCCUCUAGUCUCCAUCCGCACCACCUGUCUGGCUUGAUCUUAACCCUGUCUUUGCCACAUGUACACCUGACUGUUUGCAUCAAUGUGUCUCUGUCCUCUUCUACCUCCAGCUCUUUUUAGCACCGUCACCUGUCUGUCUGCACACCUGUAUCUUUCUUUGUUAAUUUGCCUCAGUUUUCUCUUUGGUCCCCACCUGUCUGUCCUGUCUUGUCCUGUUUGUAUUAUUUUCCUUCUUGUCUCUGUAAACCCUCUUGUUUAAAUAAAGUACUGUUACUGGUCCUCAGGUCUGCCCCCGACCCCGGUCCAGCUCCUGUACCCGGUAUCCAGGUUCAGCAGCGUCAAGUCUCUGCAGCAUCUAUGUCGCUUCUGCAUCAGACAGCUGGUUCGCAUCGACCACAUCCAGGAGCUGCCGCUGCCCACGUGAGUGUUUGUCAGAGCUGCUAUACUUCUGAGGACUCUUAAAACAGUGUAAAAGGAGAUCUGAGGCAUAACAGGAAGUGUCAUGAUCAGCUUGAUCCUGAUUUAAUAUUUCAACUUGAAUAUGAGUCCUAAACAGAUACAGGUGCAACUCAUAAAGUUAGAACGUCCUGAAAAUAUUCAUUUAAUUGAUAUCUUUGUCCCACCCACAUCUAACAGUGUCUCCCCUCCUUUUCUCUUGCUCUCUUUCCUCAGGCCUCUGAUCUCCUACCUGAGAAAGUUUUACUACUACGACCCCGAGGAGGAGAUCAGCCCUCCCUUAAAGGAGAGGGGGGCGGAGCCAAGCAGCCAGCCGGGGGUCCCAUCUCAAACGUAGCACUGGAGGCUCAGAGGACCAGGUGAGUCACUGAACGCUUCAGGUGUAAACUCAGACUGUGGGUCCGAUCAACAGAGAGAGAGAGAAGAGUCUGAACUGUCAGAAAAAUCACCUGCUUGUAAACUGGUUAUAGGAUCUGUGAAAUAAUCAUUUACAGACCAAAGCGUGUCGCGUUUUUGACAACACACCUGGAGUUUACAGAUGGACUGGUCAUGUAAACAACUUCAUCUCACAAAAAAAGAAAAAAUAUCUUUCUUGAAUUUACCAGAAAAAAAAUGAAUAUUUAAAGUUUUAGAUAACAAAUCUUUUUUCCCUUCUCUUUUUCUCUCCAGUUAUUUUCUUUUCUCUGAUUUUUCUGCGAUUUUUCGGACACUCGAUCACUGAAGGAUGAUCAAACACCCAAACCGGACUCACAGACCUCAGCCAAUCAGCUCACUCCGCUCUGUCCUGUAUCUAGGCGGGUUUCAGAUGAUCCUCCCUCCUCUGAGCGCUCUGAUUGGUUUCCGGAGAGUCAACAGGGGAGGGACAGGGGAUGUGGAGACUCCGCCUCUCUUAUGAUGUCAUCACUGAGCAGCUGGACCAUAUAAAGACAUAUGACAUCACUGUUAGCAAAGAUGCUACAUCCCUAAAAUAAAAAAAAAACAAAAAAAACAAAGAACCUCGAAGAGAGGACAGACACUUUGAGUCGCCUCUGGGAUCCUCUGACCUUCAACCUGAAAGUUUAAAACACACUGAGAUCUACUCUCUUUUAAAACGGUAACACUGGAGGCCUUUCCCAGCAGAGAGUUCAGGCUGAACUUUUUGUUUCCACAAGUCUGAUCAAGUCGAGAUAUCGAGAUUUUCGUCAGGGAUGAGCAGGUUUGACAAGUUGGAAACCACGAAUUCACAUAGUCCAGGUUAAGCGCACCAACAGGUCACCAUGAUAAAAGAACUGAGAAAAAUUUAAGGUCUAUUCUAACACCAGAAUGUACACAACUUUAAGCGACUAUCUCAUCUCCUUAUCCGGCCUUUUCAGGCUGAAUUGAUGAGCCUAAACACAACAAGUUGAAGCAGCCAAUCCAGUCGUUGCUUAUCUAGUUACCACUUUAUUUCAGGGUUUUCAAAUUGAUCAAUAAUCGUUAGAGUCUGAAACACACCAAGCUGAAUGCAAGUCACCCCUCAAAAACAGCUCCACACAAAACAGUUGAAAAUCAGCACAAAUACCAGAAGAGUGAAGUCAGUGGGAUGAAAAAUUCUGUUAUUCCCUUUUUCAAACAGCAGGGGGCCACAGCAGAGACACCGCAAUCAGCUCGUCUGUUGGUAAAGAUGCUCCUCAGGGGGCGCUGUUGGCCUCGGGUCUAAGUGACCCAUGUAGAGACGCAACAGUCCCCACCGCAGAGGUCACUUACUUGAUUCCUAGACAUGACUCUUUGCUGCAGGUCCAGAGACACAUGCCAGAGAAAUACAAGCGAGCUGAUAACUUCGGACCAGCUCCUCAGUGUGGACAGAGAAAUACUCAAAAAAAAAUCCACCUGAUGUGUUGACGCAGCUGUUUUUAAUCAGAGUGAAUUGGGUUUUUAUCACAUCAGAGCGGACAGUCUUGCACCUUUUCUGGAAUCUCUGGUGUCCCCUCACAGCACAUGUUGAGCUAUUUCUUUUUAUCACCCCUCACUAUGUCAGCGCAACAAUGACCUGAUCUUUGAAUGUAAGCAAAGUUCUCCCUGCUCAACCAUACCUUCAAGUUAAAAGACAUGUGAAUAGAUAUCAGUUUUUCUUUGUGAAUUACUGAGUUUUUAAAUCUACUUAGUGACUGUUAAACUUAUUCUGUUUGCUAAAACUAAAAAAGACACAAAGUAAACAGCCGAUGAUUCUCAGACUGAGAAAGACCUCGUCAGUGCUUACAUCUGAUCCAAACCUCUAAAACGGUUUAUUUUUGUUCGAAGUUUCAUAAUUUAUAAAGUUAUUUAUUGUCAUGCUGAUGAACUCAUGGUUAAAUGUACUGGCACAUUAUUUAGAGCAGAGUUUGUUAUCCUGGAGUGAGGUUUAUAAGAUGUUGAAUUCUGUGUUUGAUUUAGACACAGCAGAUUUCUUUUUUUUUUUUUUACACUGAUGGAGGUUUCUUUGAAAGAACUGUGAAAACUAAAAAAGAAACUUCAUCCAUCGGGUAGGUUUGACUUAAGUCUGAGACGGAGAGCUGAGCCAAUUUUUUUGCACUUUAUGAGUCGGUUUGAAGGAUGCUGAUAAACCCUAAAAAAAGGCAUCAUGUAAGAAUAUCAGCGCCGAGGGAUGCUCAAACCAAACUCCACUCAGAAACCGAGUUUUUUAAGAGAUGUUUACUUUUCAAUCUGCAGAUCAACCAAACAAAUCAUGGUGUCAGAUUUUUUAUUAGUCUGCAUCAUGAUGUGGUUAUUUCAGCGUCCUUCCAGCCUGUUUACUGCCAUGAAAUCACGUUACAUUCUGCUUAUUUGAGAUAAAUAGGGCCGUAGCAAAACUUUUGCAUGAGUACAGCAAAACCGAAAUUCAGCAGAGACAGGCACUCGAUAGCUUAAACAGAUUACAGGUAGUUGAGAAACUUUGGGAUGUAGACCAAGGGAACUUGAAAUCAAACUGGGACUUCGUUCUAGCAAACAUGUCCAACUGGGACCUCGUUUACCUGUUUUUUGUGCCAUGUCUUUGGGUGAUAUUUUGAACCUUAAUUUGCUGAUGUUUGAUGUUUCUAACCAGGUGGAGAUUUGUGGGCUGUGUUUAUUAGUGGGAACCAUUUUCAGUCAACGUUCCAAAAGCAUGAAUUUGUUUCACUCCACAGCUGCUGGUUCAGUCUGAGUUUCUGCAGGAUCUUUGUUCGUAUCCUGACAUUUCAGUGUUUAAAAGAUGCAAACAAAUAAACAGAUUGUCACAUCUGUUUUUAUCAUGAUUUAUUUGUGAAGAUUUUAAAGAAGCAGAGCAGACACAUUUUGAUGAGUUUGACGACUGAAGUCUCGGUUUUUGUUUUUCGAUCCCUGUGACAUUAUUGUUCUAAAAAUCGCUUCAGUGUCAGACCAACAGCAGGAACAGAAAAAACAUCCUCAACGAAAACAAACUCAGGAUCCCAGAGGUGACCGGCCGCACUGACUGCUGCGGCAACUUUGCCAAAAAAUAAACCAGUACAGACUACUGAACUUUGUUUCACUGGAAGGAGCUGGUGUUUGGAUAAACUGGACUAUACUGAUUCAGACACUGAGGAGGUUUGUCCCAGCAGACACUGGGAACACUGGAGCUGGGACCUGAGCGCUCUGCAGGGACACUUCCAUGAUGUCAACACGGAGAGGGGGGGCGGGGCGGGGCACAAAUAUGUCUGAAUACUGCACACUGAAGGACUGAAGAAAGAAGUGAGAGUGUGGAGGAGCAGUGGAGUCGUUAUCUGUCAUUUUUGUGCAAUCACCUGUUAAUAAACAGUGUGGGCGGGGCUUUUGUCAGUCCUCUCUCUUUUUUCCAAGUCCAGAAAUAGAGACACAGAAAUCAGAACUUGUUCUUUAAUCCAAAUGAUUUUAAGGAUUUUCUCCACUUCACACCAUUUCCAGUCACUUAUCUUAAAGAGAUAUUUAAAAUUAAUUUAGGGUCAAACACACCGUCGAGAGAUGAAUGUUGCCGACCGCUUGCUUCUCUAGUUACACCAAUUUAACGGAGAGAGAAAUGAGCUAUUCAGACCACAGUCACAUUUUAACCCAGACAUUAAACAUGUUUAUUUCUGCUGUAAGGGUGUACUUUUCAGAAUAGGUGUGUAUCUGGCUUCAGGAGCUUUUGGAACCAGCCUCUAGUGGACACUUGUGGAACUGCAGUUUUGGCAGUUAGCUUCAUUUUUCGAGACCAAAGAUUUCAACUUGAUGCAGACAACUUAGUGUUUACUAUCUGCCCUGUCAAACUGCAAGAGAGAGGUCAGAAAGAGUAAAGCCACAAAAGCA